AUGGCAAAGCUCGCUCUCCUCGUAGCCACUUUCGCUCUCGCUUUCUUCCUCGUCAACGCCUCCAUCUACCGCACCACAAUCACCCUUGACAGCUACGAAGAAAACCGGUUCGACGCGUGGUACAUGCAACAAGAGACCGGCGGCAUUAGCACAUACAACACCCAACUCCUCAACUCGUGCUGCGACCAGCUCCAGAACCUGGACGAGGGUAGCCGGAGCACAGGCUUGAAACAGGCGGUGAGGGAACAGCUGCAGGAAGGACAGUGGGAGAGUGAAGAGGCUAAAGAUAUGUUUGAAGUUGCGGAGAGGGAACUGAGGAAGUGUGAUUUAGAGCCUAGGAGAUGCGAUAUGCAAUCUCGAAGAUGGUUUUAG